UUUGCCGUUUACUGCUCACCGUUUUGUGCGCCUCAACAACAAAACAUCUGCGGCAUUUAAAUUACAGUUUCUGAUGCUGGAAACAAAAGGAUAAAAUUACAAAAGAUUUUAUUGAAACUAAACAAAAAGUUUAAGCAAUCCUCACGGUCAAGAAGUUCAAUCGCAGAUAGCCUUUGUCGGAUAAGUAAUCUGGAGUUAACAAAUUAAGGAUGGCGACAAAACGAGCCUUCAACAUUCUCGAGCAACGGAACGUCAACGAAAAUGCCCACAUUGGCAAAACGCCAUUGCCGGGCAAAAAUGUCUCCCGAGCCCCGUUCAAAAGCGCCCUCAAGGAUUUGACCAACAGCAGCGCGGCGUCGCGGUCAAAUUUAACCGGAAAACCGUCCGAGGGAGGAGCAGCUUCGCUCAAAAAGCCUUCCCAGCAGCAGAAGUCCUUUGCUUCGACGAUUUCGCGAAAGAAAUCGUCCGAAAGUAACAUUCCCGCCCAAUCGAUUGGCUCCAAAAAGCAAAAUGUCACGGCGCCGUUGUUUCCCAUUUUCAGUCCACUGGAUGCGGAAUACAGCUGGGGCAAAGAAGCUUGCCUCCGGGAGGAUUUGCUGGAGCAGAUGAUCGAGUACAAUGGUCCCACUUACCGGCGGGAGAUUAAGCCCAUGAAGGCGCUUAAAAUUGAGCCACUGGAACUGCCGGAACUUGAAAUGCCGCGUCCGGAGGUGGCAAAGCGUAACAGAGCAACCGUAAAAGAGACCUUCCCGUCCAGUUUUCUCUUCGGUCUGCAGGAGGUGGACAUUCCGGAUUUGGAAUUUCUGUUCUAGUCACCGAAGGGUGGUGACGCAGGUAUAUUUUUGAUUCUAUUUUAGACGAAUAAGCUUUCUGUAUAAUAUUUAAAUCUCAAUUUCUAUUUGUAUUAGUUGUUCUAUGAUAAUUGUCCAAUACAAAAUGACUGACCAUAAAAGGA